AUGUCUGAUCUCGCGCCAGGGAGGCUGGAGCUCCCCGAAGGCGAGAUUGAGCAAGAAGUGGAGGACAUCGCGUUCGAGCCUCUAAGCAACCACUUCGAAUCGAUCAUCCGAAACGCGCAGGUGAGGUUCCGCGACAAUCCCGAAGCUGAAGCACCCACGGAUGUUCCUGGUCUUGUCUACGGGGACUCUGAGAGCGAUGAAGAACAGUCCACGGCUUGGGGACGGAUGGCCAAGAAUGUCCUGUCCACCGACUCUGGGCCAGGGUCCCUGGGCGAGAUAAUUGUCGGCGGCGCAGUCGUCAAGAAUGUCGCUUUAGUCGUCCCUGAGAACAGGGAGGGUGGCUUUGGGGAUCUGCCCGUUUUGCCCAUCACGGCGGUCGGGCAGGAGACGACCGAGCUUCUGGCCGUUGUUGGUCGAGAUCCAGAGGAAGGCGGGGCUAUGAGUAUUCCGGUUUUGCUUAUGCCGGAUGAAGAGGAGGAUCAGGAGGAGCCGAGGAGGGACAGCGCUAGUGAUAACAUCUCGCGACUUGCAGCUGCUUCUGUUCUUGCAAAUAUGGGUAAGACGGCCGCUAAACGGAAGACACAGGCCCCUGUGAAGGAGGGGUUGAAGAAGGAAGGCGAUGGCACAGCGACUGAGAAGGAGGGUGAGAAGAAAGAGAAGGAAGACAAGGGAGAGAAAGGCAAAGUUGCAAAGACUGAGAUGGAUAGAUACGUACUUUCGGGGGAUAUUGAGAAUCUUUUUGGCAUUAAAGGGUUGAAAGGGAAGCUUUACAAGUACAAAGGUCCCGAAACCAAGGAGGAUAAGAAGAAAAAGAAAAACAAGAAAGAAGGCGACAAAAAAGGCAAGGAGGAAGGGGAGGAUCAAUCAAAUGAGAGCGAUGAGGAAGAAGCUGGGCCCAAGGCCCGAGCUGAAGGUAAGGACACUCUGGAGAUCACGGCUGACAGUGACAAGACCGGAAAGAAAGACGAAAAAGAGAGCAAGGAGGACAAGAAGGACAAGGCAGGCAAGAAAGAUAAAGAGAAAAAGGAACCGGCUCGCGAGAAGGUAAAGAUUAACCCACAAAGCUUGGCUUUGCUAGGUAAGCCGUUGGGGACGCUCCUCCCAUUCCUCGAGAGUGAAGAGAUUAAAAGUCUACCGAUUGAGAAUCUCGAGUUCACGUACUGUGAAGAGAAAAGCGGCCACUUUUUCCCACCUGGCCUGCGACUGGAGGUUGAUGUGUCGCUGAAAGGUAGCCUACAAUGGGUGACAGAUGCAUUGCAGAAGAUGUUUGGUCUGGAGCUUACAGCGACAAAAGCGGCGAGUAAGGAAUCCAAGGGACAGAAAACAGGAAAGGAUGGCAAUAACACGGACAAGAACAAUGAGGAUGACAAGGCUACCGAGGAAAAGCCGACCGAUGAGCAAACGAAAAUGAAGGAUGAUGAGCCUAAGUCUGAAGUCACGAUAAAGAAGGCGUCGACGGUCCAGGUCGAACCUGCAGCUACGGAUAGUCUGGAAGAGGAUUCUUCCAAGACGAGCCCAUCCAAAGAUGACAAGAAAGACAACAAGGACCAGAAGGACAAAGUGAAAAAGUCCUAUAACUAUGGUUUUGGGUUCUUCGGAACUGUGUCGUUCAUCAAAAUGCCUCAUGCCAACGCACCAUUAGACUUACAUAUUAGGAUUGGUAGAGACUUUGAGGUCGAGAAGGAUGAAAAAAAAGACAAGAAAGAAGAAAAGAAAGAGGACGGGGGUGGCGGGGAGGAGAAGAAGAAGAAGAAGAAGAAGGAGAAUGACUCUAAGAAAGAGGUUGAUACGGUGGAGACAACAGGAAAAUCAGGCAGUGACACCAAUAAAGCAAACGAAGACUCCGUGCCGGUUGCUAAGGAAGUUCUCUCUGCGGACAGCACAGAAGAUGCUGGUGGAGAGGAGUCCUUGGAGAAACCAACAGAGGGAGAGAGUAAGCCACAGAAGCCCGAAGAGAAGAAGCACUCGGAUGGUAGGCAUAAGAGAGUGUGGAGCGUGGUCAUUUAUUGUGACGAGUGGAAAGAUAUAUACGGUGUCAAAAAUGUCUCACUGAAAAAAGCCGAGCUGAGGUGGUCGUUCGAGCAAGGGAAUUUUGGGAAAACAAUGGCAUUUGACUUAUCUGCCGAGGCGAAGCUCGGCGCGGGGAGUUUCAAGGCCAAGGGCAAGUUCUCCAAGUUAGAAAACUUUGUGGAUGCUGAAGUGGGUGAUCUCUCACUCACUGACUUCAAGAAGAUACAUGCCCAGAUCCUGGGCCAAGAGGUGCCAGAGGAAAAGAAAAAAGAAGAUAAAGAAAAGACUGCACAAGAGGUCAAGGAUGAUGCAAAGAGAAAGGAAGAAGAGAAGAAGGAUGAAACGGAAGAGGCUAAGGGCAACGAGAUCACCUUUAAAAAGAUCCACCUCAACCUAUCUCAUAACGUCAUCGAAAAAGAGCACACCUGGAAAGGAUCCCUUUUAUUGGCGGGCCACGUCACUUUCAAUGGGAAAGCUAGUGCGCACGCUCUACUUGAGCUCAGCCGCGAUGGGUUGACUAUUUCAGGAGCCCUGACUGACUACCAGAUUCCUGACACCCCUGUCACCAUUCAGCAGGCACGGAUGCACAUUUUCAUAGGGUUUAAGCACGGCAAAAAGAACAAGAAGCUUGGAGAGGACAAGUUAAAUGACGAGAAAUCAAUCAGCGAGGCCCCCAGUACAGCGAGGAAAGGCGGUAAUCCCGACCAGGGUGAAGGAACGUCAAUUACCAAAGCUGGGGUAGACUCCAAGGCGGAUGAGGAUGCGAAGAAGGGCGUUAAAGAGUCCGAUGAGAAGGGGACGAAGAAGAAGGCAAAACGAGAGAGUGAAUUUGCAAUUCUCGGCGUUGUUAAAAUCAAUGAAGUGACAGUAUCUGUCGGCCUUUAUAUCGCACGGAAGAAUGACAAGGCGAAGCGUGACUGGCUUGCCUUUGGCAGUGUCGGAAAUCUUACAUUAUCACAAUUAGUACCGGAGCUCAAGGACUCACCGUUGAACCUACACCUAGACAAUAUUGCGCUUAUUGCAUCGUCAGAGGACAGGGAGAUAAAAGAAGACGACGACGGGAAAGAAGACAAGAAAGAAGAAGGACGCAAGGAUGGAAAGCAAACAGAAAGGGAUAACAAGAUAGUCGACGUGCAACCAAAGGAUAAGAAGAGCAACGGAAAGACUGACAAGACUGACAAGACUGAUAAAAAGGCAGAUGCGGAGGAAAAGAAGGACAAGAAGGAUGAUGAGGACAACGAACAUCCUGAACAUGCAGGUGUUCUCGAGACCGUCGAGUCCUACAAGUACCCUAUCCGGAAAGGUGUACAACUAUGUGCGACCAUCCGGAGCUUUGAGGCCCUGGAACAGCUCAACAAAAAUAAGCCAAUUGAUGGCCUGAUUUUGAUCAUUGCCUUUACACCAGAAGGCCUUGAAAUCAGCAUUGACCUGCCCAAGACGCUACAGGUCCCACUGGAUCCGCACGCCAUACUUGGGGAUUUUGGCGCCACAAUUCUUGCGACUGAAGGAGAACUUGAACUGUCUACCACAUUAACCCUGUUGUUUGAUGACCAAAGGCCUAUCAGAGUUACCGGCAAAAUAAAAGCAUCAGCGUUAGGCGCGGGUGGCGAGCUGUAUAUGAAUAAGAAUGACAAAUGGAUCAAUCCAUUCCGGGUGAACGAGAAGGUGGUGAUAUCGCAAUUAGGUGUCGGCAUUGGAAUCAAAUAUGCCACAGUGUGGGUUAUAGGGCCCGAUACACUGUCUAUUCGCGGGGCAAUUGACGUUGGAAAAGACUUCCAUGCCGGUAUGGUCCUUAGUGGCGGGUUGAAAAAAGAGCAGGUCAUCUGCAUCGACAUAUCUGAAAUCAACAUAUCGAGGAUUGUUCAACUGGCUGGAGAGAUGACGGACAUCGUGUCGCUACAAAGUCUGAACGGAGGAGAGGACUUCCUCAUUUUCCGUCAGGUCAAAUUCUACAUGUCCACUGGGGGCGUGGCCCUUGGGACCCGCUAUGAAAGGGGAAUACAUGUCAUGGGCAAGGUGGAGUUUUUCGGCAAGAACGGUGGGUUUGAUGGUCAAAUCCACGAGGAUGGAGUUAUGAUAAAGGGGGCCAUCGAUAAUUUCAACAUCGGUGGCCUUAAAGUUCAAUCAGCCAGGACCGAGGGCGAACGGGCAACGCUGGAUAUCGAAAUGACAGGCGACAAACAAAAAGUCCUGAUAGACGGGGCAAUCCAUUUUGAUGACUUCAAACUGAGUAUCUUGAUUGAUGCGUAUCUGGCGGAGAAACGCCUAGAGGCCGAUGUCUCGAUCCAGUUUACCGAGCAUAUACUCCUCCAUCUGAAGGCGAACACGAUCGUUCCUGACUCUCAAUCCUUGGACGGACUGGUUCUGAACUUCGAGGCGGAGAUCCGGCCCGAGGUAAUCGGAGCGAUCUUUGAAGCAAUCGACCAGGCCAUUGCUACCCUUGGCAAGAUGGCAUCGGAAAAGCUUGAGAAUGCCGAGAAAGAGCUCCAGAAACAGAUUGAUCAGAAGGAUUCUGAGCUCAACACAAUGGAGACGGAUCUGCAACGUUUGAAGGAAGACGUGGAAAAGGAGGUACGGGAGCGGAAGGCGAAGAUCGACGAAGAUAGUCAGCAGAGGAAGAAGUUACAACAGAAGCUCAAAAAGCUGCAGCUCGCCGUCGAACAAGCUGAGGAAGAGCAGAACAAUAACAAGAGCGAGAUCAAGAAGUUAAAAGCUCAGAAAGAAAAGACGGAGCGCGAAUUCGAUGACAAGAUACGUGACAAAAGACUUGAAUACCAGCGCGAGGAAGAAGCAGAGCGUGUGAAACAAAAAGAAUGGGAAAUGGAAAGGCAGAGACUAGAAAAAGAAAAAGAAGCGUCUUUCGGUGAUGCAUUGAGAAGUAAAGAGGCGGCCGAUGCCAACUGGGCAUCGUGGGAGGCGAAGGAGAAGCGCAAGUGGGAGGAGGUCACGAAAUGCGAAGCCGAAGCGUCGAAGGCAUGGAAGAAGUGGAAGUGGGGUGAAACCACAUACUGGAAUGGGCGAGCCGCGAAAGAAAAGGUCGACCUGGAGUGGAUUCACGCCAAAAAGGCUGCCGAAGCUGAGAUCCUUCAUGCAGCAGAGUGGAUCUUCAGCGAUAAGUUAUGGAUUGAUAUUGAGAAAGGUCUCACCGAAGCAACAGGGCAGAUUGAGAAACACGCCAGAGCCCUACACCAUAUCAUGAAUGGCCAGCUUUACACGGCCAUCGGGGUACUGGAAACGGAUAAGAGAGAGACACUCAACAGGGAGAUUGCGGCCAUCCAAAAUCUCGAAGAAAUAAGCAAAGAAAUAGAGGGGAAGCUCCGGCGAGCCCGCCAGGAGCUCGAAAAGAACAAAGGCCGGAUCACCAAGGAGGAGAAGAAGUUACAAAAGGAGAUUGAGGAGCUUCGAGGCGAGCUCAAAACGAGGCCUUUCGAGGAUGCAUACAAGGCUAAGCUCCAAGACCAUGAAAGUGUCACGGCUCAGAUCCAGAACAUUAAGGAAAAGCUUCAAGAGGUCCGAACAGGCAUCGACAAAACCACGAAAUUGGCGCGAGCAUAUGUUCACGUUCUGGAGCAGGGCACCCCCACUGUGAAACGCAUUGUUGUAACUGGUUCUACCGAGGUAUUUGCGAAGAAGAAGCCACUGACUUUCAAAGUUGAAGCUCGAUGGAAUAAUAAACCGGUGUACAUUGAGGCGCAAUGGGCACCCGGAAGGAGUGCUAUCGAUCUGUACGAACAAAUUGGCUCGAAAAUAGUCAAGGCCGCAGGCGAGCAAUCUUGA